CCGGGACAAUAUGGCUGCAUUUCGGUCCUUGGAACGAGCUCUGCAGCAAACGACACGGACUUCUUUUUAUCCCGGGGUGGAAGCCGCAGGCUCCAACUGCUGCCGGUGCCCACUCGGAGCUAAAAGAUAUCUACUUACAGAUAAUAUCAUGAAAUUAAAAGAAUUUCAACAUAAGAAGUUGGCUAUUGCAUAUAAUCUUCCUGACACCAAAGAAACCUAUUUUAGAAACUUGGAAGAGAAAUUGACCCAGAACAAACUCAUCUUAAAGGACGAAUUGAGAACUUUGCUUCAUUUGUGUCAGACCCGGGAUGAUGUGGAGCUGGCUAAAAAUGUCAUGUACAGGUACCAUACAGAGAACAGAAAUGUCACUUUGGGGGAAUAUAAGUUUGGACCUGUUUUCAUGAGGCUGUGUUAUGAGUUGGAUCUUGAGGAGUCUGCAGUGGAGCUCAUCAAAGACCAGCAUUUACAUGGUUUCUUCUCAGACUCCACAUCAUUCAAUAUUUUGAUGGAUAUGUUAUUUAUCAAAGGCAAAUAUAAAAAUGCCUUGGAAGUGUUGAUAGAGAUGAAAAACCAAGAUGUGAAGUUCACCAAAGACACCUAUGUCCUUGCGUUUGCAAUUUGCUACAGACUGAAUAGCCCAGAGUCUUUUAAAAUCUGUACUACAUUAAGAGAAGAAGCCCUAAUCAAAGGAGAUGUUCUUUCCAGGAGAGCCUCCUGCUUUGCAGUGGCGUUAGCUCUGAACCAGAACCAGGUAGCAAAAGCUGCAUCCAUUUUUUCUCAAAUCAUGAAUCCAGAGAACAUAACUUGCACAAAUUUAAAUAUUAUUAUCCAUAUCCAGUCAAAUAUGUUGGAAACCCUGAUAGAUAUACUAACGAAUGCUGCAGAAGGAAAUUUAUCAAUAUUUGUGAAAAAACGUGUGUUCUCAGAGGAAGUGUUGGUCAAUGUGAGGGAAAAAGUGAAGGAUGAUGCACCCAACCUUCUCGCCAAAUUUGACGAGAUCUAUGGGAAAUUGCACAUAAAUGGCCAGAUCACCACUUAUUCACUGGAUACUCUGCUCUGCCGUACCCCCAGGGACAAGAAGUCCCAUACAUUGCUAUUAAACAAGAGGACAAUCAGCCGUCGGACCUUCCAGCCCCUCAGCCAGUCCCUGUUGGCUGAGUAACCUCAUUUUCAGACUUCUUCAGGUCUAAGGGGCCUGCUUCAAGUGAACGGUUGGCUUUUCUGAGAUGUCAGGCAUCUAACUUUGGUUGACGCUGUGCUAACACCAAGUCUUCUCCCUAAGUCCUGAGUCAUUGAGUGCUGACAUGAUGAUCAGAGAAAUUAUUAUGUUGUGGCACUGUGAAGACCCAGAUCAGUCAGAGAAAGCUCCACAACCUCAGAAAGGAGACUUCCCCUGUACGAGCUGCUGAGGGAAGAACGUGGACAUGCUCAACGGGGACCCCGACAAGCACCUUAAAAAUUGGCCUUCACUAAAUGUGGUCAAUUCGGACUAAUUUUUUUCAGGGAAUAGUUGCUUGCAAAUUAUACCCUUGCUGAAUUUAAGAGAUCUAAACCCCUGUCCUACCGUAUUGGAAAACAUGGAUUUUCAUAGUGUCCUGCCAUCAUUUUAGCUCUUUGACCCUGAAAAGGUACGUGAGGCUCAUUUUAGCAUCUCCAAAUAGUGCUUACAUGUGGUUGUAUAAUAAUUUGAAAUUUUCAUUUAAGUUCAGUAGAGUCAUAUUUUCUCAAAAAUAAGAGAAAUAAAAACACA